AUGAAUGAUAGUAUUAAAGAGAUUGUUUUUGUUAGACUUUCGAGUUAAGAGUUUUGAGUGGAAGUUUUGAGUGGAUAUAUUCGUUUUGGGUCCUCCUCCUGAACCCAAAAAGUGGUUUUUGAUUUUCGAUAUUUAUGAAAUUUGGAAAUUGAAACUUCAAUGACUGUGGCCAAGAUCGUGAUUGUUUUUAUAGUUAAUUUCUACAUUUGUAUUUCCAUUGAUGCAAGAAAACCUAACAUUGUUUUAGUCUUGACUGAUGAUCAAGAUCUUCUUGUAGGAGGUUUGACUCCAGUAAAGCAAGUGCAACAGUUAAUAGCAAACCAAGGAGCUACUUUCACAAACGCUUUUGUUAGCACUCCAAUAUGCUGUCCAAGCCGAAGCACGAUUCUGACUGGUUUGUACCAACAUAACCACAGAGUGGUAAACAACUCUCUCAGUGGCGGCUGCAGCGGAGAGUCUUGGCAGCAACAUCUUGAGCCAUACAACUUCGGAACAACACUACAAGACAAUGGAUACACAACUUUCUACGCUGGCAAAUACCUGAACACAUAUGGUUACAAGGCGGCAGGUGGAACCAAACACGUGCCGAAGGGUUGGCACUGGUGGCUCGGUCUAGUUGGCAAUUCUCGCUACUACAACUAUACCUUAUCUAUUAAUGGCACGGCUCAACAUUUUACUGAUCAAUACCUAACUAAUGUUAUUGAAAAGUACAGUGUUGAUUUUUUGGAGAAUAUGAGACAUAAAGAGAAUGAAAGUUUCUUGAUGGUACUUGCACCACCUGCUCCCCAUGCCCCCUUCACCCCAGAAACAAAGUAUAGAGGAAAAUACAAUGGAAUCAAAGUCCCCCGAACACCAAACUUCAACACUCACAAACUCAAGAAUCGUCACUGGCUGUUAAACAUGGGAGUGGCACCAUUGCCCAAAGAGACAGUGGCGAGGGUAGACAGCUACUACGCGCGGAGGUGGGAAACAUUACUGUCCGUUGAUGACAUGGUGGCUUCUAACAUCAAUAAGCUAACAGACAUCGGCCAACUGGAUAACACUUACAUCAUCUACACCUCAGAUCAUGGGUAUCAUCUAGGUCAAUUUUCACUGCCAUGGGACAAGAGACAACCUUAUGAAACAGAUAUUCGUGUGCCACUACUACUACGGGGGCCUGGGGUGCGGGGGAAGAGUCUUGUGGAGGGGGUGGUAGUCAAUGUAGAUAUUGCUCCAACUAUACUGGCCAUGGCAGGGCUCCAGCCCCCAACAUACAUGGAUGGACGCUCCUUUCUGUCCAUGGCCACAUCCGUUGAGCCCUUGCCUCCGAGACGGGCAUUUCUCAUAGAGUACGUGGGAGAAGGAGACUUAAAAACCGUCUCUUCAUCCUGCCACUUUGCAGAUGCCUACACCCUGUCUGAAUGCUCUCCCUCCUCUUCAUGUAAAUGUCAAGAUGCUCUAAAUAACACUUACAAUUGUGUUCGUAGUAUUGCUCAUGAUGAAAAUUACAUUUACUGUGAGUUCUAUAAAGAGGUUGGAUACUUGAAAGAGUUUUAUGACAUCAACCAAGACCCUUACCAGAUGGAAAAUAUUUACCAAGAACUCCAACAAACUGUUAAAAAUAAGCUAAAAGAAGAAAUAUUGCAACAUACAACAUGCAAUGGCCGGUCAUGUUGUAAAUAAGGAAUUUAAGUUUUUUGUCUGAUGAAUUUUAUAAGUGGAAAUGAUUUCCAUAAUGUAAUAAUUAAGAUUACUGUACUGCCACUAUUGCUAUCUUGUAGCCUAGAAAUAAUAUUUUUUAUUCAACAAAUAAACUAUUUUAUUUUUAAUUUUUAA